GAUGACCCGCACAACACCCUUCCAAGUAUCUAUCAGUUUUCGCCCGCUAUUUCGUAUUUUUUCGUAUUGAACAUUUGGUUUGAUUCUUUAUCAUCUGUUCAUGGAAAGUAUCAUAAAAUGCGUCUGUUGUUUAUAUUAUUUUUAUUUUUUGGAAAUGUGUCAUCAUUUAAUUUUCUAGUAUUUUGCCCAUUGUUUGCUCAUAGUCAUUCGAAAUUUUUCGCCACUAUCGCUGAUUCAUUAACUGAUGCUGGUCAUAAUGUGACAUUUUUCACUCCAACAAUCGUUGAAAAAUAUCGAAAUGUUAGCUACACAAAAUCAACGAAAGAUGUUGUCCACAUGAAGCCAUCAAAGAAGCUGAAAGAAUAUGGAGAACAAAUGAGUACAGGAGAUUUUGUCAGGUAUUGGACAGAAGACUCAACGGCCACAGAGAUUAUACCGGUUGUUCGGAUUUUUCAAAAAAUGUAUAACGAGCAGGGAACAGUGAUGAAGGACAAUGUCGGAAUUCUAAAUGAAUUGAAGAAACGGAAAUUCGAUGUUAUAAUUUUCGAAGCGUACAUAUACUCUGCAUAUCGUAAGUUAUUUCGAGAAUUUUAAUUUGAAGUAAGUUUUCAGCACUUAUGGAUUAUCUGGAAAUUCCAACAUUUAUACCCUCUGUCUCUGUUGCUCACGAUACUUCUUUGGCAAUAGAAAUUGGUGAACCAGUUAUGCCAAGUGUUGUUUCAGACUGCUUAUCUCCAUUUGGUGAUAAACUAUCAAUAACUGAAAGAGCAUUCAAUGCAUUCAUGGUUCCAUAUUUUGAUUUUAUGAUUGGAUACCCCACACAUAGAUCUUUCAAACCUCCAUACAAUCCAAUUGAUAUAAGAUCUAUCGUUCCCGAGGCAUCAUUUGUAUUCCUCAACUCUAAUCCAUUUGUUGAUUUUCCAAGGCCAACUCUCACAAAAACAAUUCAAAUUGGAGGAAUAUCAGUUGAUUCAAAUGAAUUGAGAAGUCAAAAACUUGAUGAAACAUGGUCAGAAAUUCUCAAGUUGAGAGAAAAAACAAUGUUAGUGUCAUUUGGAUCAAUGUUGUACUCAAAGGAUAUGCCAUUCAAAAAUAAAAUAGCAUUGAAAAAUGCAAUGGAAAAGUUCAAAAAUGUAACAUUUAUUUGGAAGUAUGAAGAUGAUAGUUCUGACGAAUUCGCAAAAGGAAUUGAAAAUAUUCAUUUUGCAAAAUGGGUUCCACAAACUGCUCUUCUUGCUGACUCCCGUCUCUCUGCUUUCCUUACUCACGCUGGACUUGGAAGUAUUAAUGAACUAAGCUACUUGGGAAAACCUGCCAUUUUGUGUCCACAACUGUUCGACCAAAUGAGAAAUGCAAAAAUGCUGGUCCGUCACAAUGGAUCAAUUGAGUUAUCGAAAUAUGAUCUAGGAGAUUCUGAAAAAAUUGUCAACGCUUUUCAAGCAAUCUUAUUUGAUUCUUCGUAUGCAAAAAAUGCUCUAAAAUUAGCAGAACAGCUCGAGAAUCAGCCAAUUAAACCCAAAGAAAUGAUGGUGAAACAUGCAGAAUUUGCAGCAAGAUUUGGUCGCUUACCAUCACUGGAUCCAUACUCGAGAAAAAUGACGUUUAUUGAAUAUUUCCUUAUUGAUGUUGCAGCUAUUAGUAUGGUUGUGUUGAUAGCUGUAGUUUUUGUGAUAACGAAAAUGUUUAAAAUUCUAUGUAACAAAACUUCAGUAAAGGGAAAAAUUGAAUAAUUUAUAGUUUUUCAAAUGUUUGUAUUUUUGUUACUUCUAAAAUUUUCGAACAAGGAAGUGUUUCAUAUUUUCCGGAUCUUAUUCUGAAUUUCAACAACCAGAGAAUGAAUACGAA